AUGGUCCGCCCCUUGACUGCCAUCGCGGUGGUCGCUUUGACGGCAUUGGGAACAACUGGCUUUUCCGUAUCCCAACUGAGCAGCAGACACAAGAGAGGCGGUUUUCGGCCAAUAUCUGCUUCUAUAUUCAAUUCUGAUGGAGACUCUCCAGCGGAGGAACUCCUAAGAGCUCGCACUUGUGUUGGCAAUCUCUUGACACAACGAGCCAUACAGUCCUUCAUGUUUCUUUUGCUUUCUUGUAGGGAUCCUCACACGGUGCACUGGCUUCAGAACUGCAUCCACACUGAAAACUUGGAGCACUUUCAUGGUACUGGAGCCUUCAAUUUGACCAGGUUCCCCAACUGGGACUCGGUGUUGGUGGAGUUGCUAUCGCAGCCAAAGACGACUAUGGUGGCAACCAAGACUACGAGACGGGGUGGCGGAGGACGUGGUUGGAGAGGACAAAUUGACCGGCUGGGGCUUGAAAAAACCGAACAACCCAAGGAAGAAAGGCAGGAGAAUCCCCAUAUCCACGAGCAAAUAGUCAACUAUGAAAUUGAUAUCGAUCCUGUCUCGUUGGUCUCCAGGAUUGUGUCUGUUCGGGAGCAAAUCGCAGCGGAGUGCAAUUCUGACUUUGACACUCUGAUCUAUGCCAAUGAUCAAAUCCUUGCCUCCUACUUUGAAACACAACAACAUGAUCGAUCAGAAGAAGAGGAUGCUACCGAGAAUGGCAAUACUACUCACGAGGAUGAAGACGAGGACGACAGCGACCAUGAGGAUUUGCAUGAUAGUCUCACCAUUCCUUACUCGGACUCCAGCAAGAGUGGUCGACGACCCAUCGAAGGGCACAAGAACGCUUUUGACAGAUACAAUGCCAUGAUGCUGCUGUCGCACGCCAUGGACAUUGGAGAUGAUGGAAUAAAGCCUUCUCCUUUGCGCAAGGGGAACUUUGAUCUGAUGCUCUUGCUGUCGACACAGGAAAGUAUCCAUCGUGUCCUUCGUGACUAUGCUCAUGCCGGCGACGAACGUGAUGUAUCCUUCACGUGGCUCUCAGAGUUUUAUCUCGAACGAGUCAACGAGUUUUUCGAUGGACAUCAAGAGUACGGGCGAGCCGAUGACUUUUUGGAGGAACUCUUGUUGACUCCUCCCAUGCUCAAGAGCUGGGAUGACGACGGCGGAAGUCGCAAAGAAAUGGUGGGUUUGGUAGACCCGCUGAGAAUGGCGGAAGACAUUAUUCGAAUGAGAAGCGAAGUUGGACGAGAAUGGAAGCAAAUCAUUGCCAGCACUCCUAAAGAACACAUGAAGCUGCGAAAGGCGCUUCUUGUUCGACAAAUGGGUGACCAGCAAACUGAGUUUGACACGACAAUCCCCGAAACAACCAUGGAGAUGAGUGAAGGGUUUGAAUGA